CAGAAAAUCCAAAAAACACACAAAACAAAAAACAAAAAACACAGAAAACAAAAAACACAAAACACAAAAAAAGGUAAUCAUGGCAUCAUUAGCAACCCAUUUCUCAGCUUUCUUGUUCCUCAUCCCCCUAGGUAUCCGUCGCCUCCUAUUCUCCUCCUCUCUCUACCUGAAAAACCCAUCUGUUUACCGCUCAAAACCAUGGUAUUUCUCCGAACCCAGAUGGAAAAACUUCGAUUUCUACACUCUCAUCAUUGCUCUCCCCAUUGCCUCUUUCUCUGAAUUCUUCUUCUUCUUAACUUUCUCAGGCCACCCCACUUACCGAUUUGCAUUCUUCCACCAAGCCUUCACGCUUUUCCUCUUUUGGGUCUUCAUCCUUCUCGUCAUUUCUCGUGAACACACCGACCCUUUACUCAUCAACGAAUCCUUUGUCUUCUUAUUCGCUGGAAUUUCAUUUCUCAUCGAGUUUUCAGUGAUUGGUAAAGGAAUCACAGGUGUCUUUGCCUCUGUCUAUGAUUUGUUGGGUGGUUUGACGCUUCUUUGUGCCGCUUCUUGCUUUUAUUUGUCGGUAAAGCCUGCAGCGUUUUUUGCCGAGUUCUUGUUAUCUUUUGGAUUGGUUUUGAAGGGUACUUGGGUUUUGCAAACGGGUUUGUCUUUGUACACUGAUGCUUUUGGUCUAAAAGGGUGUCGAAAAAUGUCGGUUAUGCUGGCUAAAGGAGAUGCUGAUGUGCAAUGUGAUCUUGAGGAGGACGGGUUGAGAGGUGUUGCUUUGAUGCAUCUUUUGUUCACUGUGCAUGCAGUUUUGGUGUUUGUUGUUACCAUUGUGUUGUUUGGGUUGUCGUCAAGUAACCAGAAUUUGAGGCGUGGUGAGGCCAGUGGGCCUUUGCUUGCAGAGCUUGAAUCCGAGACAAUGCAGAUGCGGACGCUUUCUGAGCUUGAGUUGGAAUGAAGUGAUUAUUAGGAGGUAAGUCAGUUUUCCUCGACUAGUUUAGUAUUUCUUCAUUCUUGGACUUCGCUUCCCGGGUCCUGAAAUUGCAAUAUUAGUGAGGUGUCUGCCAAACUAAUUAAAUGGUAUUUCUCUUGAAGCUUUAAUCUGUCUGCUUGAUGCGCAGGAGGUGUGUGCUCUUUCUUCCUAUGUCUUAGCUUUUGUUGAUAGAUGUUUACUCCCUCAAUUCACAUUGUAAAAGUUUAUGCUUAUGUCUAUCCUUUGCUGCAGUAAGCAGAGAGUUUAUUAAUCUCCUGUUUACUUUAACUUCACCCCAGUGCCCAAUAACCUGGGUCGUCAUAUCCCUGAUGUUAAUCUGUUCAAAUGCUCAUACAUCCUAUCUUUUAGUUUGAGUAGUUAGUGUCUAGUAGCAUACCAUUUCAUCUUUAUGCUUUUCAUGAUAUCUGAGUGGAUUACAGGUGGAAAACAAAUUUUUAAAGAGGUAAAAUAGAAUUCUGUCAAUUACCUUUGUAAAAUCCAAAUAACUCUUAAAAUUCGAAAUCUUUUAUCUCUAUUUUUUGGCAACCAAGCCACAGCUAAUGCAUAUUAAUCCCCAUUCACAGUACUAUCAAA